AUGCCACCACAAGCGAGAGAUGCUGGCCGUAUGCCAAGAGUUGAAUCAGAAGUGAGCCUGUUGAGUGCAGGAAGUGAAGCCACAAACACAAGAGAAUAUCGCGUCCGUAAAUCAAGCCUCAUUGGUAUGGUCAACUGGACACAUGUUUUGUUGUCGCAUGCACCACAUUUGUUGAUCUUGGGAAUGAUUAUUCUAAUCGGCCAGGUUAUACAACAAGCUGUUACCGAGCUUUUCGGAGAUAGCGAAGUCCAGUGGCUCUCAUACAACACCGUUACUGUUGUUGCAUUGGCAAUUAAGGACCUUUUUGUUCGAUUGUAUCUCGCAAUCUAUGACAGUGAGGGUUUUUACGUUUUUUCACCAGAGGUCAAGACGACUGCUCUUCUCCUUGUCCUGGGUGCCUGGAUCGUCCGAAGAGACAAUCCUGUCUAUCUUAUGGGAUUUGCCACCUUCAAGGCACCAGACAGUUGGAAAUGUGAUCACGACCAAAUUUUGGAAAUGAUGCGUCGUCAAGAAUGCUUCAACGACGAAAGCAUUGAUUUCAUGAAGCGUAUCUUGGAGCGCUCUGGUACUGGACCAGCCACUGCCUGGCCACCAGGUAUCAAGCAAUCUUUGGAAUCCCAUGCUCCCAAAGCUGACAGGUCAAUGUCUGCGAGUCGGAAGGAAGCCGAAAUUGUCAUCUUCGAUUGCGUCGCCAACGCCUUGGAAAAGGCAAAUGUCAAGCCCAAGGAUAUUGAUAUCCUUGUCAUCAACUGUUCCCUGUUCGCUCCUACUCCUUCUCUCUGUGCUAUGGUUGUCUCUCACUUCGGAAUGAGACCUGAUGUUGCCACCUACAACUUGUCCGGAAUGGGUUGCAGUGCAUCUCUAAUCAGCAUUGACUUGGCAAAGCGACUUUUGGACAAGAGACUUGGAAAGGCAUUGGUUGUAUCCACUGAAAUUAUUACGCCAAAUCUUUACCACGGAAAUGACCGCGGUUUCUUGAUCCAAAAUACUUUGUUCCGUUGUGGUGGUGCAGCCAUCGUUCUUUCCAACAACUGGCUCGAUGGCCGUCGUGCAUGGUACAAGCUUUUGCACACCGUUCGCGUCCAAAGCUCAGGAGAGGCUGGAUAUGAAUGUGUCUUCGAAGGGGAAGAUAAGGCUGGGGAGAGAGGUGUGCGACUUUCUAAGGAUAUUGUCAAGGUCGCUGGAAAGACUAUGGAAAAGAACUUGACGACACUUGGUCCUCAAGUGUUGCCCCUUUCGGAACAAAUCCACGUUGUAUGGAGUUUGUUGGUUCGCUUUAUCAUGAAGAAGUUUGGAAAGUCGCACAAGCCCUAUGUUCCAGAUUUUAAGAGAUGCAUUGACCAUUUCUGCAUUCACGCUGGUGGCCGAGCUGUCAUUGACGGUAUCGAAAAGAACAUGAAGCUUGAAAAGUUCCACUCGGAACCAUCCAGAAUGACACUCUACAACUACGGUAACACAAGUUCAUCUUCGAUUUGGUAUGAACUUGAGUACAUUCAAGAAGAACAAAAAUCGAAUCCUUUGAAAAAGGGAGAUCGCAUUAUGCAGGUUGCCUUUGGUUCCGGCUUCAAGUGCACCUCUGGUGUUUGGCUGAAACUAUAG